AUGAUAGAAUUGUCAUCGCUGGCCAUCAUCUUGGCUACGACCUCGAUAAUACUAAUAGGAUUAACGAGGGGUCUGAUAAUCAUAUUGCCAGAUCUCUUCUUAAAGCCACCUGCUAGAUACAGAGUAAGGAUUAACAAUGUAAUGAAGAAAGUUGAAGUAGAGCCACGGAAGAAUGUCCAAAUGGAUUUUGGUUGGAAGCAUGGUUCUGUUAGAAGACAAAUGAUCUUGGCAGCUGCUAAACCUUGUGAAUAUGGCAAUGGACCAACUUCAAAUAACCAAAUAUCAAUUGGAGUUUCUGAUAAAUUACAAAGGGAACAGUUCAUCAAUAGUUUAGUACCACAAUUGAGGUCAAGUCCAAGAACACUCUAUGGAUUCUUCCAUCCAUACUGCAAUGCAGGUGGUGGUGGUGAGAAAGUUCUUUGGAAAGCUGUGCAAUCUACUUUAGCGAGAAAUCAUGGUAACGUUGCUCUCAUCUAUACAGGUGAUACCGAUGCAACACCUCAAGAAAUCUUGCACAGUGUGAGCAAAAGAUUUGAUUACGAAUUGGAUAAGGAUAGAAUCGUUUUCAUCUAUUUAAAAAAGAGAAGAUUUGUUGAUAGUAAAAUGUGGCCUCAUUUUACACUAUUGGGUCAAGCAUUGGGAUCUGCGCUAUUGACUGCAGAAGCUCUUUACAAAUGUCCUCCAGAUGUCUGGUGUGAUACUAUGGGGUACCCCUUUGGAUAUGGGGUGGUUCACUAUUUGACUAACAUCCCUAUUAUCACUUAUACUCAUUAUCCAGUGAUUUCUACCGAUAUGUUAAACAAAUUAAAAUUGUCACAAGGUUCCAAAUUGAUUAAAACUGUUAAAUACUGUUAUUGGAGUCUUUUCAUGAUGUGUUAUCGAUAUGUCGGAUCCUUCGUCACUACAGCGGUUACGAACUCCACUUGGACUAAUAACCACAUUAAAAAGAUCUGGAGUACUAAGACCCCUCGUAUAAUAUACCCACCAUGCUCUACUGAAAAAUUAGUGCUUAAGCAUGAUAAUUGGGAGAGAAAAAAUCAAGUGGUGGUCAUUGCACAAUUUAGGCCUGAGAAAAGACAUGAAUUAAUCAUCGGAUCUUUUGCCCAAUUUAUCGCUACAUUGAAUAACAAGUUUGAUGCUCCAGUUUUGAUAUUAAUUGGAUCUACAAGAUCACAAGAGGAUAGAGAUUAUGUUCGUCAAUUAAGUUCAUGGGCACAUGAUGAAUUAAGCAUUCCUAAGGAGUUAUUAAAGUUCCAUACCGACUGCCCCUACGAACAAAUCAAAAAGUAUUUGAGUGAAUCAACGUAUGGUAUUAAUGCAAUGUGGAAUGAACAUUUCGGUAUUGCCGUAGUGGAAUACGUGGCAUCAGGUCUAAUACCAUUAGUUCAUGCAUCUGCAGGUCCCCUCUUAGAUAUUGUGGUUCCCUGGGAUGUGGAACAUAGAUGUCAAGUGAAGCAUAAUACUACUGAGACUAGAACUGGUUUUUUCUUUAAAGAUCAAAGUGAUCCGGAUUACGAUGAAUUACUUGACGCCAAGAAAUAUCCAACUUUAAGUGAAUUGUUCGUGACAGUUAUCAAUUUAACCGCUAAGGAAAAGAAAGAUAUCUCUAAACGUGGUAGAGAAUGUGUUCUACACAAGUUUUCAGAUUUCAAAUUCCAUCAAGAUUGGUCACUUGUAUUGGAACAACUGGAAUCAAGAUCCAGUGUUAUCUCUAACAAAAAACGUAAGUGA